CACUAUUGAUACAUUUCUCGGUGUGUGUGAAUUUCACGCAGAAACAGAUGGAUAAACGGAAGCCUGAUUUGUCAAUGCCAGUUCCUCUUCAGCUAAAAUACGGCAAAUCACAUUGACACGACGCAAUAGACGUUUAAAAAGAUCCAGGCGGACCGUUAGUAGCGCACUCUUCAUAACGGUACAGAAAUGGCUGCGUCUACAACGUCCAUUUCCGAGGGCACAUACGCAAGUCUGAACUCCCCAGACCUUAACGUGUACAGCACAGUGGGGGCGACCUCACACAGCAGCUCAGGAGCAAAGAGCACAGUGAAAAGCGGGAAAAGCUCACAUCUCCUCAGACUGGCUGCAGUGGGUCUGGGGCUGCUAUGUGCCAUCUUACUGACGGCCACCAUAGCCCUGUGUGUCCUCUAUGCGAGAGGCCUGGAGAGGCUCAACGCCCGGAAAUGCACUUGGAUGGAUUACAAAGAGCAAUUACAGAGAGACUACAACAGCCUAUCUAAUGAGAAGGACCGGCUACAGGAAGACUGCACCAGGCUAUCUAAUGAGAAAUACGAGCUACAGGAAGACUGCACCAGGCUAUCUAAUGAGAAAUACGAACUACAGGAAGACUGCACCAGGCUAUCUGAUAAGGAAUACCAGCUACGGAGAGACUACUACAGCCUAUAUAGAAGGAAAAAUCAGCUGCAGACAGACUACAACAGCCUAUCUAAUAAGAAAGACCAGCUACAGAGAGACUAUGACAGACUAUCGAGACUAUACCAGCUACAGAAAGACUGCACCAGCCUGAAGGGACAAUGCAUCACCUGUCCAGGGGACUGGAAGCAGUUUUCCUCCAAGUGUUACUUCUUCUCUACACUCAGGAAGAGCUGGGAGGACAGUCUCCAAGACUGCAAACUUCAGGGAGCUGACCUGGUGAUUAUAAAGAGUCAAGAAGAACAGAUAACAUUCUGUGUCUGUGUUCAGGAGUUUAUCAACCAACAUGCAAAAGGAGGCCAUCACUGGAUUGGUCUAAAAGACUCUAAAGACAGAACCUUUGAAUGGGUGGACGGAACCUUGCUGCAGCAAGCAUUCUGGAAGGCUGGAUCUCCAGAUGAGAACAGGAGAGCGCGCUGUGUGCUCACCGGCCCUGGCGAGGAGUUAUGGGCCGACGCGCCGUGCGAUUUCACCUGGAUGUGGAUCUGCGAGGCCGACGCCUCCUGCGUCUGAAACGAGAAACCGUGUCAAAAUGAUUUUGAACAGAGAAUCAACUGCUAUCACGAUGCUGUCACUGCUAUUGCCGUUACAAUCUCUAUAUAUUUUACCGAGCUGAUUGUCUGAGCUAAAAUGACAAAUAGUGAAUACAGUGGAAGGAUAAUGAAUCUACCCAUUGCUCAGUUUUUUAAAAUUAUUUAUAAAAGCGGUUAGUCUUGUUUAAAUUCCAUCAUUGAAAGUGUGUGCUACUGGUCCGUCUCACAGUCAUUAAAAAGGAGUCUCUUUUUCCAGUGGGCAUUCAAGCUCUCUGAUCACCGUGGUAAUGACAGAAUGCCAGAUGACUUUUCAGGAAGUGGAAGAGGGAAGGGAAACAGGAAGUACUGGGUCACUCCCACAGCACAGUCUUAUACGCUGGCAUCUAAUCUAAUUGUGCCUGUAUUUAUACUUUCCAAUUGUCUAUUUCUUGCAUCAACAGUGAAUCACAACUUCCACUGAAGCUUACACAGAGCCUUUAUUUAACAUCUCUUUUACAUAAAAAAACAAACUCUUUAUUUGACAUACAUGUUUCUACAACCUACAUGAAGGUAUUUUGAAGGUCUUGUGUGAGGUGCUAUUUAAGGUAUUAGAACUGACACCAAAUCUGCACCUUAUAUCAAAAGAUUCAUAAAAUUUUGAAUAAAAAUUAAACCAAAUAAUAACAAUUUUUCUCAUUUCCACCCCACUCAAACUAAGGCCAGGCCCUUUGGUAGAUUAAUGAUUCUCUUUACCAAUGUCCAGAGAUUAUCUCAGGCAUAAUUUACGCUUUGAAAAUACAAAAAUUCCAAAACAUAAUGUAUCCAAUGUGUGCCUCACUGAGAUGCUGUGUGGUGUCACAAAUGAAAAUCAUUGUCCUCUUUUUUUCAAACCACAGUGAUUUCUCUAACUAUUUAUCAAAAGGAAUUGAUAAAUUUGAACAAUGUUCAACAAUAAAUUGCUGUCAGUUUUAUAAUAAUAAUAAUAAUAAUAAUAUACAAUAAAACAUAAAAAAUGGUUAUAAAACAAUAUAUGAUAUAAUAUACUCACUACACAUUUUAUAUAUAGUAGCCUACCAUGAAUUUUAUUUUUAUCUUGUUUUGGAGAUGCAAGAGAAUAAUGUCAGUAAACUCUGUAACUGAAAAUAGAAAUGCACAAGAACAGUUCUGAUAUAAAAAAAAAAUGUAAUUAAUGAAUUAAUAAUAAAUAAAAAAUAUACACA